AUGGUCUCCCCGAUCGUCAGAGCGACUAUCCAGUCCUGCACCCUGAAUGCGAUCAGCAACCUCAUGGCGCAGAUGAUCAGAGCAUACCGAAGCAACUCAUCCUACGCAAUCCACUGGACUCCCGUUCUCCAGUUCGUCUUGUACAACGCCAUAAACUGUCCGCCAAACUUCCUCUGGGCAUCUUUCCUCGAGGGAGUCUUCCCCUCCCAAUAUCUCGUCCCAUCCAAAUCUGCCACCAAAGCCGCCGCCACGAAAAACGAGAAGGAGCUCGACCGCGAAGGAAAGAAACCCGAGGUCCUCGAGUCCCGCCUCUCCAUUAAGAACACGCUGGCCAAAUUCGCCCUCGACCAGACCAUCGGCGCCGCGAUGAACACCUUCCUCUUCUCGCUGGUCUUCGCCGGGUUCCGCGGCGCGGGGUACGCCGAGGCGGUGCAGGCCGCGAAGGACAACUUUUGGCCGAUGAUCCGCGCGGGCUGGACGCUCUGGCCGGCCGUCAGCUUUGCGAAUUUCGCCCUGAUCAAGACGGUGCAGGGGCGGCAACUGCUCGGCAGCCUGGCGGGCAUGGCGUGGGGGAUCUAUCUGAGCUUAACGCAGGGCUGA